CCGAAAUAUAUCCUGAAGAAAUUGCAUUACAAGUAGAGUGGCAUAUGGCUCAGUUUGAAGUUGCGGCUGAAGAAGAUGCUCAAUUGAAUAUAGAAAAUCAGCCGGCGAUUAACAAACUUAAGAUCCUUCCACAGCUUGUAGAGAUGCUUGCAAAGAAAAGACUUCAACAGGAAUUCCUAGAUCAUGGAGUACUGUCUGUUUUGAGAACUUGGCUUGAACCCUUACCUGAUGGAAGUUUGCCUAACGUCAACAUUAGGACGACCAUAUUGGAGAUUUUGAUCGAGUUAUCCCUUGGUUUAGAAAACUUUGAGAGGAGGGAACAACUAAGGAAGAGUGGCCUCGGAAAGAUGAUUAUGUUUUUGUCAAAAUCUGAUGAGGAGAUCAAAGGCAAUAAAAAGCUUGCUCAAGCAAUUAUUGAUAAAUGGAGUCGUCCAAUUUUCAACAAUAGCCUUAGAUACGAGGAUGUACGGGAUGUUGAUAUAGCUUCCUAUCAGAGGACAUUCGCUAAGAAGCCUGUAACUAAAGCUGCAAGAUUGGAUGCAAUGGAUGAUGAUGCCGAUCUGGUUGCACCCCCAAAGGUUGUCAAAUCCCUCCAAAUAACUUCAGCACCCCAACGUGCUACUCUACCAGAGAAGGCACCUUUGGAUUUUUUGGUCCGUCCACCGUCCAAGUCUUAUCCUGCGGAAAUCAUACGAGCUAAGAAGGCUGUGCAAGACCGCCAAACAAAGAUAGAUAAAAUAUUUAGACGGAUGAGAGCAGGAAAGAGGUCGAACCUUCAUGCAUUAAAGCUCAACUCAAAAGGCUGUGAAAUGUGCACCAUAUGAUGUGGAUGGAUUACUGAAGAUAAAAGCUUUGUAAUUAUUAGCGU